AUGACCUCGCGCAGGACAUUAGGCGGCGGUCGCGUGCUGGGCAGCGGGAGGAGUCUUAGUACUAAUAUCACCACUACCACUACUAAUUCUGCUGCUCCUGCUGCAACUACUACUACACCGCGGCUAGCAGCCCAGCACCGGCGCAAUGCCAGCCUGCUCUCACCUUCGGAGAGCUCCGUGUCGCUGAGCUCGCAGGCGUCAAACAGCCCCGCCAGCACCGUCGAGACGAGAGAAGACAUUGGCAGCAAAGUGCUGCUGGGGCCGGGGGAGAGUGCGGCCGCGAGCGCCUCCAGCAAGCUCGUGUGUCCGAUAUGCAACGAGGAAAUGGUGACGCUGUUGCAACUCAACCGACACCUCGAUGAUAAUCACCAGAAUCUGGUCGAGGAGGAGCAGGACGAGGUCAAGAACUGGUUCGAGGCCCAGAUGGACAAGGCCAAGAAGUUCCAACCGCUUGCCGUGCUGAACCAGAAGCUCAAAGGUCUCGACGUGUUUGAGUCGAACGAUGCCCCCACCCCACCGCCGCUGUCCAACAGCUCCCGCAGCACCUCCGCUCCCACACUGCACGAUGCACCCGCCCCCGUCCGCAGAGACCCCGACGAGGAAGUCACACGCAAGCACUGGCAGCGCCCCGGCAACCGCGACGUGUGCUUGGAGCCAACAUGCGCAAAGCCCAUCACAGCCUCGCAGAUAGCACUGGGUGGGAGGGAGGCGGCUGUCAACUGCAGACAGUGCGGGAAGCUGUUCUGCGAGGAGCACACCAUGUAUCAGAUGAAGCUGUCGCGACAGGCAAAGCACGAGCCGGUCAGGGGGAUAUGGUGCAGGGUGUGCGAGACGUGCUACAAGUCGAGGGAGGGCUACAACGACCACCACGCAGCCGAACGCAACCACUUUGACGAGUUUGCAAACAUCAGACGGAAGAGGGUGGACAGAGAACACAUGGAGGUCAGCAGGCUGGAGAAGCGCCUCUCAAAGCUGACGUCCUUGCUGGCGAACCCACCGCCUGAGGAGACGCUGACGGCGAGUAGCUGGUUUGCAAUACCGGGAGCCAAGAACCAGCGCAAAGUCCUGGAGCAGUCCAUCAUCACAUGGGAAGAAGACGCGAAAGUCUCAAAUUGCCCGUUUUGCCAGCAGGAGUUCUCCACCUACACAUUCAGGCGACACCACUGCCGGAUGUGCGGUCGCGUCGUGUGUGGUGACCCCAAGACGGGGUGCUCGGCAGAGGUGGGCUUGAAUGUUGCGUCGGGCACGAGCAAGACCGAGAAGGAUGCUGGCCAAAUGAGCGUCGACAUUCGCAUGUGUCAGGAUUGCCAGCACACACUUUUCAGCAGGAGGGAUUUUGACCGCGAGCUAGCCGACAAGCCAAAGGACCAACGCGCGUAUGAAAAUCUGGCCCAGUUUGAAAGAGGCAUUCGAUUGCUUCUACCACGUUUUCAGAAGCUUUUACAAGCGUUACAAGACCCGGACAAGCCGCCCACACCCCAACAGCUGACUGAUGCUACUAAAGUGCGAAAGAGGUUGAUGGAUGCAUUCGCGCAGUUCGACGCUGCCGCUAAACGCAUACGCGAUCUCCCCACAGACUCACCCACACAGAAACGGCUACAGAACGCUGUCUACCAGCAAGCCUACAGCUUCUUGAGCCUUCACAUGCUGCCAUUGCGCUCCUUGCCACGAAUACUAAAGCAUGCUGUGCCCCAAGGGUCUAAGAACAACGGACCUUCGAACGGCGGCGGUGCACUCGCCGCGAUCAAAUUCAACGACAAGUCAGCCGGCAGCGUCGUCAGCAGCAGCGAAGUAUCUGCCAUGGAGUCAGAAGAAAGGGAGUUACGCGAGAGACUGAUCGUUCUCGAAGAGCAGAAGUUCAUGGUCUCGGAGAUGGUAGCAGAUGCUACGAAACACCGCAGAUUCGACGAGGUCUCGAGUCUUGCACAGAACGUCGAGGACCUCAACCAGGAGAUUGACCAGAUCAAUGGCCAGUUGGGACAGCUGGAUUUUGCUGGCGCGUAUCAGGGAAUUAUGGCUACGCCGUCGCCGGGGUGA